UCUUUGACCAUCCCUCCCCCGCCCCUCAUCAGCAAACUAGGGAGUACUUCACCAUUGCUUUGUGAAAAUAACAGAAUGCGAGAGCUUGUCUAUACAUUUGGCCAAAACGCGUCCUCCAACAGUGUACGUCCUAAUCCCUUCAAUUAUCUUCCCACAUCCACCCUCUUUCCAGCAAAUAAACCUCGGAACUAAGUUGAAAUCUGUCACUUACUUCGCUCCUCCUACCAGCGGCCUAUUGCUUCUGCCCUCCCCAGUGAACCCAACCUAGUUCCUCUUCCCAGUCCUCCCAUUUCUCAAGAAAGACAACCACCUCUGUUUUUUUCAGGGCUUUAAGUGCUAGGUGUGGUUUCUUCCUCGGCAUCCAACCAGCGACCCUCCCCACCCAGGACAGACUUCCACCUCGGGAACCGCCGACCGCGCAGCGGCCCCAGCACCCGCAGCCACCCUUUCCCCGGAGCGCCACUUCCGGAUCUCGGGUGUUUCCCCUUUACGGUUCCCCCCACCCCCUCAGACACCUCCUAGAUCUUUAUACUAACUAGCAGGGUCGCAGCUGGGACCCUGGCUAGCCGAACGCAACAGUCCUUCUCCACGAAGAGGCGCAGAGUAGCUUCUCUAGCCUGAGAAAUUCGGUCCGGCUGCGUAGAGUGGCGGCCGUGGAGGGACACUUUGUUUUGAACACCAAGUAGGGCACACCCGGAAGUGGCGCGGUACAGGAGCAGCGCUGCCGGCGGGGGUGGGUGCCAGGGACCUGGAGGUGGAGGGGACGCGGCGGUACUCUGGCGUCUUCCGACUUUGACUCCUUACCUUAAAAGAUGCUGGAGUCAUAUGUAACUCCAAUUUUAAUGAGCUAUGUGAAUCGCUACAUCAAGAACUUAAAGCCGUCAGAUCUACAGCUUUCACUAUGGGGUGGAGACGUGGUACUUAGCAAGCUCGAGUUAAAGUUGGAUGUGCUGGAACAGGAACUGAAAUUACCAUUCACUUUUUUAAGUGGACAUAUUCAUGAAUUAAGGAUUCAUGUACCAUGGACAAAACUGGGUUCAGAACCAGUGGUAAUUACCAUCAAUACUAUGGAAUGCAUUUUGAAACUUAAGGAUGGGAUACAGGAUGACCAUGAAAGCUGUGGUUCUAAUUCCACAAACCGUAGUACUACUGAGAACACAAAAUCAUCAAUCAAACCACGGAGAAUUCAGCAGGCUGCUCCUACAGAUCCUGACUUACCACCAGGUUAUGUGCAGAGUCUGAUUAGACGAGUUGUAAAUAAUGUAAACAUUGUGAUAAAUAAUCUCAUAUUAAAAUAUGUUGAAGACGAUAUCGUUCUUUCAGUCAACAUCACUUCUGCAGAAUGUUAUACAGUAGGUGAAUUAUGGGAUCGUGCAUUCAUGGAUAUUUCUGCAACUGAUUUGGUGCUGAGAAAGGUUAUCAAUUUUUCUGACUGUACAGUUUGUCUUGAUAAACGGAAUGCCAGUGGUAAAAUAGAAUUUUACCAGGAUCCUUUAUUGUACAAAUGUUCCUUCAGAACUCGUCUUCAUUUUACAUAUGAUAACCUAAAUUCCAAGAUGCCAUCUGUUAUUAAAAUUCAUACUUUAGUAGAAAGUUUGAAACUUUCUAUCACAGAUCAACAACUGCCUAUGUUUAUUCGUAUAAUGCAACUUGGAAUUGCUCUUUACUACGGAGAAAUAGGCAGUUUCAAAGAAGGCGAAAUAGAGGACCCUACUUGUCAUAAUAAAGAUAUGCUAGGAAACAUUACAGGUUCUGAAGAUGAAACAAGAAUAGAUAUGCAAUAUCCUACUCAGUAUAAAGGUCAAGAGUUACAUUCACAGCAAGAUGAGGAGCAGCCACAGGGAUGGGUAUCAUGGGCCUGGUCGUUUGUGCCUGCAAUUGUGAGUUAUGACGAUGGCGAGGAAGACUUUGUUGGAAAUGAUCCUGCAUCAACCACGCAUCAGCAAAAAGCACAGGCUUUGAAGGAUCCUAUUGUUUCUAUAGGAUUUUAUUGCACAAAGGCAACGGUGACUUUCAAACUCACAGAAAUGCAAGCUGAGAGUAGUUAUUACAGUCCACAGAAAGUAAAAUCUAAAGAAGUAUUGUGUUGGGAACAAGAAGGAACUACAGUUGAGGCCCUUAUGAUGGGAGAACCUUUCUUUGACUGCCAGAUUGGGUUUGUUGGUUGCAGAGCCAUAUGCCUUAAAGGAAUUAUGGGUAUUAAAGAUUUUGAAGAGAAUAUGAAUAGAAGUGAAACUGAAGCCUGUUUCUUCAUUUGUGGUGAAAAUUUGAGUACUAAAGGUUUCACAUACCUUACAAAUUCAUUGUUUGAUUACCGAAGCCCAGAAAAUAAUGGUACUCGUGCAGAAUUUAUCUUGGAUUCAACUCAUCAUAAGGAGACAUACACUGAGAUAGCUGGAAUGCAACGGUUUGGGGCUUUUUAUAUGGAUUACCUGUAUACAAUGGAGAACACUAGUGGCAAAGGUUCCACAAAUCAACAAGACUUUUCUUCAGGGAAAAGUGAAGAUUUGGGAACAGUUCAGGAGAAGUCCACCAAAAGCCUUGUUAUAGGUCCUCUUAAUUUUCGUUUGGAUAGCAGUGCGGUGCAUAGGAUUUUGAAAAUGAUUGUUUGUGCCUUGGAACACGAAUAUGAACCAUAUAGCAGGCUAAAAUCAGAUAUUAAGGAUGAAAAUGAAACAAUACUGAAUCCUGAAGAGGUGGCUUUUCUGGAGGAAUAUAUUCCUACUCGACAUACAAGUGUUACUCUCCUCAAAUGUACCUGCACAAUUUCCAUGGCUGAAUUCAACUUGCUGGACCAUUUGCUACCUGUCAUUAUGGGAGAAAAGAACUCAAGUAACUUCAUGAAUACUACAAACUUCCAAUCUCUUCGGCCUUUGCCAUCCAUUCGAAUAUUGGUGGAUAAAAUUAAUGUGGAACAUUCAGUGCCGAUGUAUGCUGAACAGUUGGUGCAUGUGGUCAGCAGCCUUACUCAGCCUUCUGAUAACCUGCUUCAUUAUUGUUAUGUACACUGCUAUCUUAAGGUUCAAACUUUGCAUUUUGGGACUCUAUAUAAAUCUUUAGAUCCAGCUGUUGCUGAGAAUAUUCUUCCAAUUGCUAUGAGGACCAAAAGAUCUCAGAUUGCUAUAACUGAAGGUAUAUUUGAACUUCCAAAUCUCACAAUUCAAGCUACAAGAGCACAGACACUUCUCUUGCAAGCAAUAUAUCAAAGUUGGUCUCAUCUUGGAAAUGUCAGCUCUUCCUCAGUGAAUGAAGCUUUGAUAAAUGAAGUCUUCCUAAGUACAGGUGUGAAAUCUAAGAAUCUCCUGCCAACUCUUGAAGGCUCAAUCCAGAAUGUUGAAUUGAAGUACUGCAGCACAUCAUUGGUCAAAUGUGCCUCUGGGACCAUGGGAUCAAUAAAAAUUUGUGCCAAAGCCCCAGUUGAUAGUGGAAAAGAGAAGUUGAUUCCCUUGCUUCAGGGUCCUUCCGACACUAAAGACCUUCAUGGCACCAAGUGGCUCAACGAGAGUAGAAAGCCAGAGUCUCUCUUAGCUCCAGAUUUGAUGGCCUUCACAAUCCAAGUUCCACAAUAUAUUGACUACUGCCACAAUUCUGGUGCUGUACUUCUUUGCAGUAUACAAGGACUAGCAGUUAAUAUUGACCCAAUCUUAUAUACAUGGCUCAUCUAUCAGCCUCAGAAACGAACAAGUAGACAUAUGCAACAGCAGCCUGUGGUAGCUAUUCCUCUUGUUAUGCCAGUUUGUAGAAGGAAAGAGGAUGAGGUGUCUAUUGGAAGUGCACCCUUGGCAAAGCAGCAAUCAUAUCAGGCCUCUGAAUAUGCCAGCAGCCCUAUAAAAACAAAAACGGUAACAGAAUCCCGCCCAUUGUCAGUUCCUGUUAAAGCCAUGUUGAAUAUAUCUGAAAGCUGUAGAAGUCCUGAAGAAAGAAUGAAGGAAUUUAUUGGAAUAGUUUGGAAUGCAGUGAAGCAUCUCACACUCCAGCUUGAAGUACAAUCUUGUUGUGUGUUUAUUCCAAAUGAUAGCCUGCCUUCCCCAAGUACAAUUAUAUCUGGUGACAUUCCUGGAACAGUGAGAAGUUGGUACCAUGGACAAACCAGUAUGCCGGGAACACUUGUCCUCUGUUUGCCUCAAAUAAAGAUUAUUAGUGCUGGGCACAAGUAUAUGGAACCUCUGCAGGAGAUUCCAUUUGUUAUCCCACGACCCAUCCUUGAAGAAGGUGAUGCUUUUCCUUGGACGAUGAGCUUACAUCAUUUCAGCAUAUAUACCCUUCUUGGAAAACAAGUGACACUUUGCCUAGUGGAACCUAUGGGUUGCACCUCCACUCUAGCUGUCACGUCUCAAAAAUUACUUGCUACGGGACCUGAUACACGACAUUCAUUUGUUGUCUGUCUCCAUGUUGACCUAGAGUCACUAGAGAUAAAAUGCUCUAAUCCCCAGGUCCAGCUUUUCUAUGAACUAACUGAUACCAUGAAUAAGGUCUGGAAUAAGAUUCAGAAGAGAGGCAAUCUCAACCUAUCUACAACCUCUCCAGAGACCAUGGCAGGGCCUGUUCCUACUUCUCCAGUUAGAAGCAGUAUAGGCACAGCUCCUCCAGAUACCAGCACAUGCAGCCCAUCUGCUGACAUUGGGACUACUACUGAGGGAGAUUCUAUACAAGCAGGUGAGGACUCACCAUUCUCAGAUUCUGUCACCUUGGAACAAACUACAAGUAAUAUUGGCGGAACCAGUGGACGUGUUAGUUUAUGGAUGCAGUGGGUGCUUCCCAAAGUUACUGUAAAGCUCUUUGCUCCAGAUCCUGAAAAUAAAGGCACAGAGGUUUGUAUGGUGUGUGAACUAGAAGAUCUCAGUGCUUCUAUAGAUGUCCAGGAUGUAUAUACCAAAGUGAAAUGUAAAAUAGAGAGUUUCAAUAUUGAUCACUAUAGAAGCAGGCCAGGGGAAGGUUGGCAGUCAGGACAUUUUGAAGGAGUAUUUCUACAAUGCAAAGAAAAAUCUGUGACAACUACAAAACUUCUAGAUGGCACUCAUCAGCAGCAUGGAUUCCUCUCUCUGACAUACACAAAAGCUGUAACAAAAAAUGUCCGCCACAAGUUAACAUCAAGAAAUGAGCGAAGAAGUUUUCAUAAGUUAUCUGAAGGCUUAAUGGAUGGUUCUCCUCAUUUUCUUCAUGAAAUUCUUCUUUCAGCACAAGCUUUUGAUAUUGUUCUUUAUUUUCCUUUACUUAAUGCCAUUGCAAGUAUAUUUCAAGCAAAACUACCAAAGACCCAAAAAGAGAAAACAAAAUCUCCUGGUCAGCCCAUGAGGACCCAUACGCUGACAUCCCGCAAUUUACCUUUGAUUUAUAUCAACACAAGUGUAAUCAGAAUUUUUAUUCCAAAAACAGAAGAAAUGCAGCCAACUGUUGAAGUUAAUCAGGCAGCAAAAGAAGACACCGUGGUUUUGAAGAUUGGCUCUGUUGCCAUGGCUCCCCAGGCUGACAAUCCCCUUGGCAGAUCUGUCCUUAGGAAAGAUAUUUACCAGAGAGCCUUGAACUUAGGAAUUCUUCGAGAUCCUGGAUCAGAAAUCGAAGACAGACAAUACCAAAUAGACCUGCAGUCUAUCAAUAUAGGUACUGCACAGUGGGAUCAACUAAAACCAGAGAAGGAAAGUGUCUCAGGAGGGGUGCUAACAGAGACUGAAAGGAAUUCUCAAAAUCCAGCCCUAGAGUGGAAUAUGGCCAGCAGCAUACGGCGGCAUCAAGAAAGGAGAGCAAUUUUGACUCCCAUUUUGACAGAUUUUUCUGUCCGAAUAACUGGAGCACCGGCUAUCAUUUUCACCAAAAUCAUUUCUCCAGAAAAUCUGCAUACUGAGGAGAUUUUAGUGUGUGGCCAUUCCUUAGAAGUGAAUAUAACCACAAACCUGGACUUCUUCCUAAGUGUGGCUCAAGUUCAACUCUUACAUCAGUUAAUAGUAGCAAAUAUGACUGGACUGGAACCAUCAAACAAGGCUGCGGAGAUCUCUAAACAAGAACAGAAAAAAGUGGAUACAUUUGAUGGAGGCAUGGCUGAAACCUCAUCUCGGUACAGUGGUGCUCAGGAUAGUGGAAUUGGCAGUGACAGUGUUAAAAUCAGGAUAGUGCAAAUAGAGCAGCACAGUGGUGCCAGCCAGCAUCGCAUUGCCCGUCCCUCACGCCAGUCAUCAAUUGUAAAAAAUCUAAAUUUUAUUCCCUUUGACAUAUUUAUCACUGCAAGUAGAAUCUCACUAAUGACCUAUUCCUGUAUGGCCUUAUCCAAAUCGAAAUCACAAGAACAGAAGGAUAAUGAAAAAAAAGACAAGAGUUCAUUAAAUCUCCCAGAAGUUGAUUCAGAUGUUGCUAAGCCCAACCAGGCAUGUAUUUCCACGGUGACAGCAGAAGAUCUCUUAAGGAGCAGCAUUUCUUUUCCUUCAGGGAAAAAAAUAGGGGUCCUCUCUCUUGAAAGUAUUCAUGCAUCCACAAGGUCAUCUGCUAGACAAGCACUUGGUAUAACUAUUGUUCGGCAGCCUGGUCGAAGAGGAACUGGUGACUUACAGCUAGAACCUUUUCUGUACUUUAUUGUGUCCCAGCCUUCCUUGCUUGUGAGUUGUCACCACAGAAAGCAGCGAGUGGAAGUAUCCAUUUUUGAUGCUGUGCUUAAAGGGGUGGCCUCUGAUUACAAAUGUACAGAUCCUGGGAAGACUCUGCCUGAAGCCCUUGAUUAUUGCACUGUUUGGCUACAGACAGUGCCUGGAGAAAUAGACAGCAAAAGUGGUAUUCCACCUUCCUUUAUAACACUGCAGAUUAAAGACUUUCUGAAUGGACCAGCGGAUGUCAAUUUGGAUAUAUCAAAGCCUUUGAAAGCAAACCUGAGUUUUACCAAAUUGGAUCAGAUACACCUUUUUUUAAAGAAGAUAAAAAAUGCACACAGUUCAGCACAUAAUGAAGAGACUUCAGCCAUGUCCAACACCAUGGUGAAUAAGGAUGAUCUUCCAGUCUCCAAAUAUUACCGUGGAAAGUUGUCUAAACCCAAAGUUCAUGGUGAUGGAGUGCAAAAGAUUUCAGCUCAAGGAAACAUGUGGAGAGCUGUUUCCUGCUUUCAAAAAAUUUCUGUUCAAACUACUCAGAUUGUGAUCUCCAUGGAAACUGUACCCCAUACCAGUAAACCAUGCCUGUUAGCAUCUCUCUCAAACCUCAAUGGAAGCCUUAGUGUCAAAGCAGCACAAAAAGUACCUGGCAUAAUUCUUGGAUCAUCAUUUCUACUCGCUAUAAACGAUUUUCUCCUUAAAACAAGUCUCAAAGAAAGAAGCCGCAUUCUAAUAGGACCAUGUUGUGCUACUGCCAAUCUGGAAGCUAAAUGGUGUAAACACAGCGGCAAUCCAGGCCCGGAGCAAUCCAUACCAAAAAUAUCCAUUGACUUAAGAGGAGGUCUGCUACAGGUCUUCUGGGGUCAAGAACAUUUGAAUUGUUUAGUUCUUCUGCAUGAAUUACUCAAUGGAUACCUUAAUGAGGCGGGAAAUUUUGAAGUACAAGUUUCUGAACCAGUACCUCAAAUGUCAUCUCCUGUGGAAAAGAAUCAGACAUUUAAAAGUGAACAAACUUCAGAUGAUCUACGGACAGGUCUAUUUCAAUAUGUACAGGAUGCUGAAUAUUUGAAAUUGCCUGGGGUCUAUGAAGUCUUAUUUUAUAAUGAAACUGAAGAUUGCCCAGGGAUGAUGUUAUGGAGAUACCCAGAACCUAGAGUGCUCACCCUUGUACGAAUAACUCCUGUGCCUUUUAAUACCACAGAGGAUCCAGAUAUUAGCACAGCAGACCUUGGUGAUGUGCUACAGGUUCCUUGUAGCUUGGAAUACUGGGAUGAACUCCAGAAGGUUUUUGUUGCAUUUAGAGAAUUUAGUCUGUCUGAAAGCAAAGUUUGUGAACUGCAGUUGCCAGAUGUCAAUCUUGUGAAUGACCAGAAGACAUUAGUAUCUUCAGAUCUUUGGAGAAUUGUCUUGAACAGCAGUCAAAAUGGAGCUGAUGACCAAAGCUCUACAAGUGAGUCUGGUUCUCAAAGCACUUGUGAUCCACUUGUGACUCCAACAGCCUUGGCUGCCUGUACCAGAGUUGACUCCUGCUUUACCCCAUGGUUUGUCCCAUCCCUUUGCAUUUCCUUCCAGUUUGCUCACCUGGAAUUUCAUCUUUGUCAUCACCUUGACCAACUAGGCACAGCUGCACCACAGUACCUACAGCCAUUUGUUUCUGAUAGAAAUAUGCCAUCUGAACUAGAAUACAUGAUUGUUUCCUUCAGAGAACCACACAUAUAUCUUCGACAGUGGAAUAAUGGUUCUGUCUGUCAGGAGAUCCAGUUCUCAGCUCAAGCAGACUGUAAACUUCUAGAGUGCAGAAAUGUCACUAUGCAAAGUGUGGUGAAACCGUUCAGCAUCUUCGGGCAGAUAGCAGUUUCCAGCGAUGUAGUAGAAAAGCUGCUUGACUGCACCGUGAUAGUUGAUUCUGUAUUUGUAAACGUUGGACAGCAUGUAGUCCAUUCUCUAAACACUGCAAUACAAGCUUGGCAACAGAACAAAUGCCCUGAGGUAGAGGAGUUGGUCUUCAGCCAUUUUGUGAUCUGUAAUGACACACAGGAGACACUGCGGUUUGGCCAGGUGGAUACUGAUGAAAAUAUUCUGCUGGCGAGUCUCCACAGUCACCAGUACAGCUGGCGCUCUCACAAAUCCCCACAGCUGUUACACAUCUGUAUUGAAGGUUGGGGCAACUGGCGUUGGUCAGAGCCUUUCAGUGUGGACCAUGCCGGGACUUUUAUUAGAACAAUUCAGUACAGGGGUCGAACUGCUUCUCUCAUCAUCAAGGUUCAGCGACUCAAUGGAGUACAAAAACAGAUUAUCAUCUGUGGAAGACAGAUCAUCUGUAGUUACUUGUCUCAAAGCAUAGAGCUAAAAGUCGUUCAGCAUUACAUUGGUCAAGAUGGACAAGCUGUAGUUCGGGAACAUUUUGACUGCCUCACAGCCAAACAGAAACUGCCUUCAUAUAUACUAGAAAACAAUGAACUGACAGAGCUGUGUGUGAAGGCUAAAGGAGAUGAAGACUGGUCAAGAGAUGUGCGCCUGGAAUCCAAAGCCCCUGAAUACAGCAUUGUCAUUCAGGUGCCAUCUUCAAACAGUUCCAUUAUUUAUGUCUGGUGCACAGUUUUGACUUUAGAACCCAACUCUCAAGUGCAACAACGAAUGAUUGUGUUCAGCCCUCUUUUUAUCAUGAAGAGUCAUCUUCCAGACCCCAUUAUCAUACAUUUGGAGAAAAGGAGUCUGGGAUUGAGUGAAACACAAAUUAUUCCAGGAAAAGGGCAGGAAAAACCACUGCAAAACAUAGAACCUGACCUUGUACAUCACCUGACAUUCCAAGCAAGAGAAGAAUAUGAUCCUUCAGAUUGUGCAGUUCCCAUCUCAACAUCCCUCAUUAAGCAAAUAGCCACUAAGGUACACCCUAGAGGCACAGUUAAUCAGAUCCUUGACGAAUUCUAUGGGCCAGAAAAGUCGCUUCAACCCAUAUGGCCCUAUAAUAAGAAGGAUUCUGACAGGAAUGAACAGCUAAGUCAGUGGGAUAGCCCAAUGCGAGUGAAGCUGUCAAUCUGGAAGCCAUAUGUUAGAACUUUGUUGAUAGAACUUCUGCCCUGGGCCCUGCUUAUCAAUGAGUCCAAAUGGGACCUCUGGCUAUUUGAAGGAGAGAAAAUUGUUCUACAGGUUCCUGCUGGCAAAAUUAUUAUUCCUCCUAAUUUUCAGGAAGCUUUUCAAAUUGGAAUAUACUGGGCAAAUACAAACACUGUGCACAAGUCAGUAGCAAUUAAACUGGUCCAUAACCUGACAUCUCCAAAGUGGAAAGAUGGAGGUAAUGGUGAAGUUGUGACAUUGGAUGAAGAAGCAUUUGUUGAUACUGAAGUAAGACUUGGUGCUUUUCCAGGACAUCAGAAGUUAUGUCAGUUCUGCAUUUCCUCCAUGGUACAGCAAGGUAUACAAAUUAUUCAGAUUGAAGACAAGACUACAAUAAUCAAUAAUACACCAUAUCAAAUAUUUUAUAAACCACAGCUAUCUGUCUCAAGUCCCCAUUCUGGAAAGGAGUAUUUUCAUGUUCCAGACAGUGCUACUUUUAGCAUUUGCCCAGGUGGAGAGCAGCCUGCUAUGAAAUCCAGCUCCCUUCCUUGCUGGGACUUGAUGCCUGCCAUCAGUCAGUCAGUGCUGGAUGCAUCCCUGCUUCAGAAACAGAUCAUGCUGGGCUUUUCUCCUGCCCCAGGUGCUGACAGCUCACAGUGCUGGAGCCUGCCAGCUAUAGUUAGACCAGAGUUUCCCAGACAGAGUGUGGCAGUACCCCUUGGGAAUUUCCGGGAAAAUGGAUUCUGUACCAGGGCUAUAGUGCUGACAUAUCAAGAACACCUUGGAGUGACUUACUUAACCCUCUCAGAAGACCCUAGUCCUCGAGUAAUUAUCCACAACAGAUGUCCAAUAACAGUGCUUAUAAAGGAAAACAUUAAAGAUAUUCCAAAGUUUGAGGUUUAUUGCAAAAAAAUUCCCUCCGAGUGCUCAAUUCAUCAUGAGCUGUAUCAUCAGAUUUCCAGUUAUCCAGACUGCAAGACCAAAGACUUACUUCCGAGCCUCCUUUUGAGAGUUGAACUGCUAGAUGAAGUAACAACUGAGUGGAGUGAUGCCAUCGACAUCAACAGUCAGGGAACGCAGGUUGUGUUCCUGACUGGCUUUGGCUAUGUGUAUGUGGACACUGUACAUCAGUGUGGCACAGUCUUCAUCACUGUGGCCCCGGAAGGAAAAGCAGGACCUAUUUUAACUAACAGCAAUAGAGCCCAGGAGAAGAUUGUUACAUUCAAAAUGUUUAUCACUCAGUUGAGUCUGGCAGUGUUUGAUGACCUCACCCACCACAAAGCAUCACCUGAGCUUCUGAGACUCACACUGGACAAUGUUUUUCUCUGCAUGGCCCCGGGAGCUGGUCCCCUCCCUGGGGAAGAGCCUGCGGCUGCGUUGUUUGAACUUUACUGUGUGGAGAUCUGCUGUGGGGACCUGCAGCUAGACAACCAGCUUUAUAACAAGUCCAAUUUCCACUUUGCUGUCUUAGUCUGCCAGGGAGAAAAAGCAGAACCCAUUCAGUGUUCUAAAAUGCAGAGUCUCCUCAUAUCUAACAAAGAGCUGGAAGAAUACAAGGAAAACUGUUUUAUCAAACUUUGCAUCACCUUAAAUGAAGGCAAGAGUAUCCUCUGUGAUAUUAACGAGUUCAGCUUUGAAUUAAAACCUGCUCGGUUGUAUGUGGAAGACACAUUUGUAUACUACAUCAAGACUUUGUUUGACACUUACCUUCCUAACAGCAGGUUGGCUGGUCACUCCACGCACCUCUCUGGGGGUAAACAGAUGUUGCCCGUGCAGGUCACACAGCACGCCAGGGCCUUGGUGAAUCCUGUGAAGUUACGGAAACUGGUGAUCCAGCCAGUGAAUUUGCUCGUCAGCAUCCACGCUUCCCUCAAGCUGUACAUAGCCUCAGACCACACUCCUCUCUCCUUCUCGGUGUUUGAAAGAGGACCCAUCUUCACCACUGCGAGGCAGCUUGUGCACGCCCUGGCAAUGCACUAUGCCGCCGGGGCCCUUUUCAGAGCAGGCUGGGUAGUUGGGUCUCUGGAGAUUCUUGGCAGCCCUGCAAGCCUGGUGAGAAGCAUCGGGAACGGCGUCGCCGACUUCUUCAGGCUUCCGUACGAGGGGCUGACCCGGGGCCCCGGAGCCUUCGUGAGUGGCGUCUCCAGAGGGACCACAUCGUUUGUAAAGCACAUCUCCAAAGGUACCCUCACAUCCAUCACCAACCUGGCCACAAGCCUGGCCCGGAACAUGGACCGGCUCUCACUGGAUGAGGAGCACUACAACCGGCAGGAGGAGUGGCGGCGGCAGCUCCCCGAGAGCCUGGGCGAGGGGCUUCGACAGGGCCUGUCCCGGCUGGGCAUCAGCCUGCUUGGUGCAAUCGCUGGUAUAGUCGAUCAGCCGAUGCAGAACUUCCAGAAAACAUCUGAGGCACAUGCUUCAGCAGGACACAAGGCCAAGGGUGUCAUCUCAGGUGUGGGGAAAGGAAUCAUGGGGGUGUUCACAAAGCCCAUCGGAGGAGCUGCUGAGCUGGUGUCACAGACUGGUUAUGGUAUUUUACAUGGAGCUGGACUUUCUCAGCUUCCCAAACAGCGCUAUCAGCCAAGUGAUCUACAUGCUGACCAGGCUCCAAACAGCCAUGUCAAAUAUGUCUGGAAAAUGCUUCAGUCUCUGGGCAGACCAGAAGUCCACAUGGCCCUGGAUGUGGUUCUGGUGAGGGGCUCAGGCCAGGAGCAUGAAGGGUGCUUGCUGCUGACAUCAGAAGUGCUCUUCGUGGUGAGUGUCAGUGAGGACACACAGCAGCAGGCUUUCCCCGUCACAGAAAUCGACUGUGCACAGGACAGCAAGCAGAACAGCCUACUCACAGUGCAGCUGAAGCAGCCAAGAGUGGCCUGUGAUGUGGAGGUAGAUGGAGUCCGAGAGAGACUGUCAGAGCAACAGUACAACAGACUUGUGGACUACAUCACAAAGACAUCUUGUCACCUGGCCCCUAGCUGUCCUUCCAUGCAAAUACCAUGCCCUGUGGUGGCUGCCGAACCUCCCCCCUCCACUGUUAAAACAUACCAUUACUUGGUUGAUCCGCAUUUUGCUCAGGUCUUCCUUAGUAAAUUUACCAUGGUGAAAAAUAAAGCCCUGAGGAAAGGGUUUCCUUGAGUCCCCUCUGAGGUAUUGAUUCCUACUUGUGUGAUUUAGUUUUUGGGUUUCUUUGAGACAGGGUCUCACUACAUUGCCCAUGCUGACAUCAAAUUCUGUGGUUCAAGCAAUCCUCCCACCUCAACCCACAAGUAGCUAGGACUGCAAGCACAUGCCACCAUACAGGGCUGCAUUUUUUUUAAAAAAAGCCUAGGCAGCUCUAACAUCUGAUAUGGACACAAGGCCAAUGGUUUCCUUAUUUAAAUCCUUACCUCUAAAAGAUACUUCAAAGUGACAAAAACGUGUUCCUUUCCCACUUACAGACAAUGAUUAGCAGGUCCCUUACCACAUACAGAGGAUGCAUUUCUUUUUGCUCUAUGACACUUGCAAAAUUUUCUACUGUAAUUUGGAUCUAUUAACUCUCUGUUCCAUCAUAGAAUGUGGCCAGGCCUUACAAUGGAGAGCCAGAGUUAAAACUUAAAAGAAGUUUCUUAUGUUUUUGGGCCGAGUCACCACGUUUGCCUCAUGCUCUUUGGUCUGCAAAGGCCUAGGAUUCUUUAAAUGAAAUGCUUAGGACUUUGCGGCUUAUUACAUUUGUCACUUAACUGCAAUGCUGUUCUUUGAUUGAAAGCUAUGUGUAUUUUCUCUGAAGUCUGCAUUUUACCAAAAUUUACAAAACCGUCUGAUUACUGUCCAGGUACAUUUUAGAAAAAGUGUUUUUCCAGUUUGUGUUUUACUAAGCAAACUUUGAGUAAAUCCUUUGUCCUAUAUUGAAUCCAGUACCAAAGUGCUCAGGUGAGUUUCUCUAGUUCCAUAAACAAAACAUACAUAGUGGGAACUCCCUGGUAUGCCGUAGAGCACACAAGAACCCCAAUAUUAAUGCUAAUAAUUAUACCAGUCCAUUUCGUUUAUUCUGUGGAAUUGACUUGAUAAAGCAUGAAGAUAUUCCCAGUGUCUAAUAAUAUUUUGCACCUAAGAAUGGGUUUGACUCAAGAUCUUGGGUUACCAAGAUGUCUUCAAUGUUCAGUAAAUAUCUUACAGUCCAGUAACUUAGAACAUGUUCGCUGAUUACAUUUAAAUUUGGGGCUACAGCUUGUUACCUACAACUUUGAGAUGCUAAGAUAAUGCAAUUUUAAAUGCCCACAGGUUUUACUUGUUUUGGAGACAGACAGGGUCUCAUUCUGUCACCCAGACUAGAGUACAGUGGAACAGUCAUGGCUCACUGUAGCUUAAGCUCACUGCCCGGGCUCAAGGGAUCUCACUCUAGUCUCCCAAGCAGCUGAGACUACACCACCAUACCUGAUUUUUUACAUUUUUUCUAGAGAUGAGAUCUCGCUAUGUUGCCCAGGCUGGUCUCAUACUCCUGAGUUCAAGCAUUCCUCCCACCUCUGCCUCCCAAACUGUUGGGAUUACAGGUGUGAGCCACCAUGCCCAACACCCACUGAUCUUCAACUCUCACAUGCUGGGCAUAAGAAGUCACUAUAUAAUUGUUACUGGAAAGCAAGAUUUAAUGAACAAUUCUGACUAUGAAAAAUGGCUCUUUCAGUUUGUUCUGUAAAUAACUCAUGUAGAAAAGUGAGUUGUCAACCUCAAGAGUAUUUCUAAAAAUGUAAAUAUGUAUUAAUCCUCGUAUCUUUUAUGGCAAUUUUGCAUAUUGAUAUGAAUUAUAUAAAACUGUUUAAAAGGUAUCCUUGAAUUACUGACCACCCAUACAUGUCUAUUGUUACCAGGUUUUACAAUGCAAAUUUUCUCUAAUACCUGGGUUUAAUACAGCUCACAUCACUGAAUUUUACACGACUUUAAAUGGGUUAAUAUACAGAUUUUGUUAUAAUAAAGUUACUGAUUAAAUUA